AUGGAGGAGAGGCCAGAGACUGAGCUGAUAUCAAUACCAGCGACCCCACGCGCGUCCACACCAGGGAUACUGACGCCGGCCGGGCUUAGGUCGCCAAGGGUUGUCCCGAAAGAGGCGGCAGGCGGCUCCACCAGGUCAUGGACGCCGAGCUCAUUCUUGAGCCCAAUUGGGACUCCGGUGAAGAGGGUGCUGAUAAAUAUGAAGGGUUACUUGGAGGAAGUGGGGCAUUUGACUAAGCUUAAUCCACAGGAUGCUUGGCUUCCCAUUACUGAGUCUCGGAAUGGGAAUGCGCAUUAUGCUGCAUUUCAUAAUCUCAAUGCGGGUGUGGGGUUCCAGGCCUUGGUCUUGCCUGUUGCUUUCUCCUUUCUUGGGUGGAGCUGGGGAAUAAUUUCCUUAAUUAUAGCCUACUUAUGGCAGUUAUACACAUUGUGGAUUCUUGUUCAGCUACAUGAAGCUGUUCCUGGAAAGAGAUACAAUCGAUAUGUAGAACUUGCACAAGCAGCAUUUGGGGAACGUUUAGGCGUUUGGCUUGCUCUCUUCCCUACUGUUUACCUAUCAGCAGGGACUGCAACGGCUUUGAUUCUGGUCGGAGGGGAGACCAUGAAAUUAUUCUUUCAGAUAGUUUGUGGUCCACUAUGCCAAUCAAAUCCUCUCACUACCGUCGAGUGGUAUCUGGUAUUCACAUCCUUGUGCAUUGUAUUAUCCCAGCUUCCAAAUCUCAACUCUAUUGCAGGGCUUUCACUCCUAGGUGCUGUAACAGCCAUCACGUACUCGACCAUGGUGUGGGUGCUCUCUGUAAGCCAACAGAGACCAACAUCAAUUUCGUAUGAGCCACUUGCAUUGCCUUCCUUUACAGCUUCUCUCUUUUCAGUUUUGAAUGCACUUGGUAUCGUAGCAUUUGCAUUUCGUGGACACAAUCUAGUCCUCGAAAUUCAGGCAACUAUUCCAUCAACCUUCAAGAGACCGGCUCAUGUGCCAAUGUGGAGGGGAGCCAAGAUUGCUUAUUUCUUCAUUGCCAUUUGCUUGUUCCCUGUUGCCAUUGGAGGUUAUUGGGCCUACGGAAACCUGAUGCCUUCUGGAGGAAUGCUUAAUGCAUUAUUUGCAUUUCACAGUCGUGAUAUUCCAAGGGGACUUCUUGCUAUGACAUUUCUUCUUGUUGUUUUUAACUGCUUGAGCAGUUUCCAGAUAUAUUCAAUGCCCGUGUUCGACAGUUUUGAAGCCGGCUAUACCAGCAGGACAAACCGGCCUUGCUCAAUUUGGGUGCGUUCUGGCUUCAGAGUAUUCUAUGGGUUCAUCUCCUUGUUAAUAGGUGUUGCACUUCCAUUCCUCUCGAGCCUUGCGGGUUUAUUAGGAGGACUCACUCUUCCAGUUACCUUCGCUUACCCAUGCUUCAUGUGGGUUCUCAUCAAAAAGCCAACAAAAUACACCUUCAAUUGGUAUUUCAACUGGAUCCUUGGUUGGUUGGGUAUUGCUUUUAGCUUGGCCUUCUCCAUUGGGGGUAUUUGGAGUAUGGUGAACACUGGACUUAAGCUGAAAUUCUUUAAGCCCAACUAA